UUUAUUUCAGUAAUUUAGCUAACAGCAAACACCACCGCUCUCUGAGCUCUGGCGUUUUAGCAGCCAUACUAACAGAUAGGUAAACAGACAGAUAGGCGAUAAGAAAAAGAGAGAGAGAGGGAGCGAGGGCGGGAGAGAGAGAGAGAGAGAGAGAGAGAGACAGCCGGUGUGUCGCAGUGGAAGCGUCGACUCGUUCCUCUUCUGUCUCAGAAAACAUUCAUCAAGAGAUUGCACAUUUUCUCAUGCUGUUACAGUGGAGGACAUGGCUGUGUCAGUUAGCCAGGAGGAACUAAAACUGAGUCAUACUAAGAGCACAAGGGGUUGAGAGGUGUGUGUGCCUCAUACUCCUCUUCCCGUGAAUGCCUCUCACCAUGGCUAAGAGGGAGACGGGCAGCACCAGCCCUGUGGUGCGACAGAUAGACAAGCAGUUCCUGGUGUGCAGUAUUUGUCUGGAGCACUACCACAAUCCGAAGGUCCUGCCCUGUCUGCACACCUUCUGUGAGAGAUGUCUCCAGAACUACAUCCCACCACAGUCCCUUACACUGUCCUGCCCGGUGUGCAGGCAGACGUCCAUCCUGCCCGAGAAAGGUGUAGCAGCGCUGCAGAACAAUUUCUUCAUCACUAACCUGAUGGAGGUGCUACAGAGGGAGGCCGAGUGCUCGCAGCCUGAGGAGCGUAGCGUUCUGGAGUCAGCCAGUGCCGCCAACUUGGCUCAGUCUCUGUCCUGCCCCAACCACGAAGGCAAGGUGAUGGAGUUUUACUGCGAGUCGUGUGAGACAGCCAUGUGUCUCGAGUGCACAGAGGGAGAACACCGCGAGCAUGUGACCGUUCCUCUGCGGGAUGUGCUCGAGCAACACAAAGCAGCGCUCAAGAACCAGCUGGAUGCUAUUCGCAAUAGGCUUCCUCAGCUGACGGCAGCCAUCGACGUAGUGAACGAAAUCUCCAGGCAGCUGUGCGAGAGGAAAAGCGAGGCAAUAACUGAGAUCAGCAGCACGUUCGAGGAGCUGGAGAAAGCACUGCACCAACGCAAGAACGCCCUCAUCACUGACCUGGAAAACAUCUGUAGCACCAAGCAGAAGGUGCUCCAGGCCCAACUGGCUGCUCUUCUGCAGGGGAAGGAGAAUAUCGAGAGCAGCUGCGGCUUCACCGAGCAGGCUCUGAGCCACGGCAGCGCCACCGAGGUGCUGCUGGUGCAGAAGCAGUUAGGGGAGAGAGUGGCAGCGCUGGCGCGUCACUCUUUCCCCGAGCAGCCGCAUGAGAACGGGCACCUGGAGUGCCAGGUGGAGACCGAGGGCCUUCGUCGCUCCAUCCAGAACCUGGGGGUUCUGAUCACUACUAGUGCUGUGGGUCACACCAGCGUGGCUACAGGAGAGGGAUUACGGCACGCCGUAGUGGGCCAGAAUACCACCGUUACUGUUACAACCAAGGACAAGGCUGGAGAGUUGGUGAAGUCAGGCAGCGCAGCUCUCGUUGCACACAUCACCGGACCCGACGGCUCCGUCACUAACGGCGAUGUGACGGACAACAAGAACGGCACUUACGACGUGGGCUACACUUUAUCCAGUGAGGGUGAGUUCUCCUUCUCCCUGCUGCUGUACGGCCAGGCUGUGAGAGGAAGCCCCUUCCGUCUGCGCGCCGUCAAAGCCAGCGACGCACCGCACUCCCCCGAAGAUGUCAAAAGACGCGUCAAAUCCCCUGCGGGGGGAGGAGGAGGGGCUCACGUUCGCCAGAAAGCACUGCGGCGUCCUGCCAGCAUGUACAGCACCACCAAGAAGAAGGAGAACCCCAUCGAGGACGAGCUUAUCUUCAGAGUAGGCUCGAGAGGGCGUGAGCGAGGUGAGUUCUCCAACCUCCAGGGCAUCUCCACGUCCAUCAAUGGCCGUAUAGUGGUGGCUGACAGCAACAACCAGUGCAUACAGGUGUUCUCUAAUGAUGGUCAGUUCAAGCUACGCUUUGGGGUCAGAGGUCGUUCGCCAGGGCAGCUGCAACGUCCCACCGGUGUGACCGUCGACAUGAACGGGGACAUCAUCGUAGCAGACUAUGACAACAGAUGGAUCACGAUCUUCUCUUCGGAUGGAAAGUUUAAAAGUAAAAUUGGAGCUGGGAAGCUGAUGGGACCCAAAGGAGUAGCCGUGGACAAAAACGGUCAUAUCAUAGCUGCAGACAACAAAGCCUGCUGCGUCUUCAUCUUUCAGUCCAACGGCAAACUGGUGACCAAGUUUGGAGCCAAAGGGACGUUAGACAGGCAGUUUUCAGAUAAAAUUACUCCAACCACCCCAACAGAGCCAAAGCUCAGUAAAUCAGGCCCUGCCUUCAGUCCCCAUUUUGUAACCGUGAACAACAAGAACGAAAUAAUAGUGACAGACUUCCACAAUCACUCCGUUAAGGUUUAUAACGCAGACGGCGAGUUCCUGUUUAAGUUCGGCUCUCAUGGAGAAGGUAACGGCCAGUUUAACGCUCCCACAGGAGUGGCAGUGGAUGGCAACGGAAACAUCAUUGUUGCAGACUGGGGUAACAGCAGGAUCCAGGUGUUUGACAGCUCAGGCUCAUUCCUGUCGUACAUCAACACGUCAGCAGACCCUCUGUAUGGCCCCCAGGGUCUGGCUCUCACCUCUGAAGGACACGUGGCCGUGGCAGACUCGGGGAACCACUGCUUUAAAGUCUACCGUUAUCUGCAGUAAAAAAAAUCCCCUCAAGGGUCGUCCAGCAAAAGUAUUGUACACAUGUAACAUGUUACAUGUACACGUUUUGUUUUUUUAUGCACACCACAAAGGCCCCUGCCACUGACACGACCUUGAUUCGAAUCAAAUUGAAGUUCAAGCAAGGUCUGACAUUUUAUCCCUCCUCACUAUUGCACUGAUUCGAACUGAUUGUGAAUUCUGAAUUAAAUCCAGAAAAAACUAGACACCGUCACCAACAUACUGUACAAGAGUAAUAACAAUCGCAGCACUCCGAGCAGUGUUUGCGAAGGCAGCUACUCUUCAGCUUUUACACAUUAUCAACAUGUUGGUUUAUGACGCAAUUACGACCUUUUCAGAGGCAAGAAAUUCCUUUACUUAUCAACAAGCCGUCUGAAAAGCGUACUGUGAAAACAAGCCAUUUUCUAUCAGACUAACUCUCUUGUGCAUUGACUCGUCGCCAACGUCAAUGCGUUUGUGUCAUAUCGUGUGCAUUCGCUGCUUUUUGCAAAGUCACAGCGCUUCAAUACGAUAAAGCUUCAAAUGCUAGUGUUUCAUCCACUAAUGUACAGGUAGAGGACACGCAGCUUCUAGUUCUUAUAACGUUCACCUGCCUUAAAGUUCUCUUACCGUUCGUAUAUCUGACAUGGGUGUCGGCCACGUGACCCCAGCACAACAGACGUGACUCUAGACGUAGUGAAGGAUUUUUUUUAUUUUAUUUUAUUUAUUUUAUUUUGUAUACAGUGUUAUGAUUUUAUAGUUUUUUUUUUUUUGUUUGUUUGUUUUUUUGCAUUUCUGUAACGUUUAUCUGCAAAUGCCUUGACAUACAGUAGACGCUACUGCAUGAACCGCUUCAGGCUAGGAAGCAAACAUAUUGCCAAACACGAACGGUGCACAUCUUCGAGAAAAGAAAAAAAAACAAACAAACAAACAAACAAAAAAAAAAAAAAAAACAAGAAAAGAAUCAAAGCCAGUCUGUGUACAAGACUAGAGGUGUUCAUAGUUUUGCUUCUAAAGUUUAGUAGCAAAUUGUAAACCCACAGAAUUCAUCAUUCCCAUAUCGGAAGAUCUGCAUCAGUUUUAAACGUUUAAUUGAAUCCCUGCGGUUUUAGUACAAGCUGAAAAAGCAAAUCCAGAGAGAAUGCAUUUUCUUUGUCCAGGGCUUAUAGGAUUGAUUUUGUGCCAAAAGUAACAAAAUUCCAAAAAAAUGCAAAAUACUAUCAUCACAAUGAAAACAAAC